UUUCCGUUUCCGUCUAUUGGUCUGUUAACUCAGUGCAUUAGUGCGUUCGCCUAGGCGUGAGUAGUGCAGGGUUCGCCGUCAUCCAUCGAUGAGAUGGGCUUCUGUCGAUUGUCUAUUGAGAUUAUGGCAGAUUAUUUUUGUCUGUGGUCUUUUUCAAGAACGUGUAGUUAUCGUGUUAAACAUGCGGCGAAUUUAAUAUGCGCAGUAGUCGACACAAGACAGGCAGCUCGGCGAAGGCUAUAUUGAAAUGCUUUUGACUCAACACCUUGGUUUUCUGCAGUGACAAUCGCGAAAAACAACAUCCGUUUUAUGGAUUUUUCACUGUCCGUAGAACUACAUAUUUAGUGACAUAAGAGUCAUGCGGAGAGGAGAUAGUGUGACGGUAACAUCAGUCUCCGAAGAAGCUCGGAGAGGGCGUGCACGUUUUGAAAUAUAGUCUAUUGUAUGCAUUAGCCUGUCACCACACUGUCUGUCUGAAGCACUUUGAGGUAGAUGGAAGCGGACGAAGUAAACGGCGAGUCCGCCGUGGACUCCCGAGAUGAAUGGACACUCCUGGCCUGGACCGCUUUGGCCGUAGCGGUACCCGUGAUUAUCACGCUGUGGUGCAGCGUGCAGCGCUCCAAACGGAAAAUGAUCAUAAAGGACAUCUUUCGCAGAAGCAAGCACGGGUGGCACUACACCGACCUUUUCAACAAGCCCACCUACUGCUGCGUCUGCUCGCAGCACAUUAUACAGGGCGCUUUCUGCGACUGCUGCGGGGUGUGUGCCGACGAGCAGUGCCUGCGCCGGGCCGACCGCAGCCUGCCGUGUAAGGAAAUCAUGGCUCCGGCCCAGGCGGAUGGAAGCCUGGCGCAUCGCUGGGCGCGCGGAAACGUUCCACUCUGCAGCUACUGUGCGGUAUGCAAACAACAGUGUGGCACGCAGCCCAAGCUGUGCGACUACAGGUGCGUGUGGUGCCAGACCACCGUGCACGAGGACUGCAGGGCGGGGCUGCAGGACGGCAGCCGCUGCGACCUGGGAGAGUUCCGCAGCCUCAUCGUUCCGCCGCAUUACCUGCACCGCGUCAACAAGCUGCGCCGCGGCCAGAGCGAGGAGCACAGCAAGCUGGCGGAAAUGUGCGGGAGCGGCUGGACCCCCGUCCUCGUCCUGGCCAACACGCGCAGCGGGAACAACAUGGGGGAGGCCCUGCUGAGGGAGUUCCGCACCGUCCUCAACCCGGUCCAGGUGUUUGACCUAUCAGAGCUGCCCCCGGCCAAGGCCCUGCAGCUGUGCGUGCUGCUGCCCGCGGGGAGCGUGCGCGUGCUCGUCUGCGGAGGCGACGGCACGGUCGGCUGGGUGCUGGACGCCAUCGACGCCAUGAAGCUGAAGGGCCAGGAGCAGUUCGCCCCACAGGUGACCAUCCUGCCGCUGGGAACAGGAAAUGACCUGUCGAACACGCUGGGCUGGGGGGCGGGGUACGCCGGGGAGAUCCCCGUCGAGCAGGUGCUGCGGAACAUCAUGGACGCAGAGGUAGUCAAGAUGGACAGGUGGAAAGUGCAGAUCGCCUCCAAGGGAUAUUACAACUUUCGCAAACCAAAGGUCCUGUCCAUGAACAACUAUUUCUCCGUGGGUCCAGACGCCCUGAUGGCGCUGAACUUCCACGCCCACCGCGAGAAAACACCCUCGCUCUUCUCCAGCCGGAUCAUUAACAAGGCUGUGUAUUUCUUCUACGGCACCAAAGACUGCUUAGUCCAAGAAUGUAAAGACCUGGACAAGAGGAUUGAGCUGGAGCUGGACGGGGAGAGGGUUCGCCUGCCCAGUCUGGAGGGCAUCAUCGUGUGUAACAUACGGUACUGGGGCGGGGGCUGCAGGCUGUGGGACGGCAUGGGCGACGAGCCGUGCCCCCCUACCAGGCUGGACGAUGGGCUGCUGGAGGUGCUCGGGGUGUUUGGGUCCUUCCACUGCGCACAGAUCCAAGUGAAGCUGGCCAACCCCGUGCGCCUGGGCCAGGCCCACACAGUCCGGAUGGUGCUGAAGAGCUCCCGCAUGCCCAUGCAGGUGGACGGGGAGCCGUGGGCCCAGGGACCCUGCACCAUCACCAUCACCCACAAGACGCAGACGCUGAUGCUGUACCACAGCGCGGAGCAGACCGACGACGACGACGACGACUCCAGCAGCUCCGACACCGACGCCGCGCUCAAACAGCCAGUGCCAAACAGCAACAGCGCCCCCUAGAGUACCACCCCCAGGCCACUCCCAGUCGUAUCCUGCAUAUAAAGCCAACAUUACCUCUACCAAACCACACUCCACCCAUUCCCCAAAAACUCUGCCCCCUUCCAAAUAUACUCUGCCCCCUUACUGCUCAUAGCCAGACCUGUGUCAAAUUGCUAUUUUAAAAUACUUUCUACUCUUUACAUGCCUGUAAAAUUUGAAAAUGCUUCACCACAUCCCUGACAAUUUAGUCUUUUAAAGUUGUCAGUAAUCUGCAGGAAUUUUACUAGAGUCCUAAUGGUUCAGUUAUUUUUGAUUAUUCUUUAACUGUGUCUGAUAACAUUUGUUCGCUUUGUGAACAUGGAGCUUAGGGGGGAGGAAUCUGUUAAAGUGCCAUCUGCACUGCACCUGUGAGGCACGUGGUGCCAAGAGGGAUGUCUGUUGCACAUCACGGCCAGUAGGGGGCGAACUCAGCCAGCACUGUGGAAAUACGGGUCGUGAAACACUGGCCUUGAUUCGAUCAACAAUCCCUAAAAUCAAUAACUUAGUUUAUUUUUCCGUCGCGGAAAGUUUGGCGACUUAAAUUUGAUGUUUUGCCAGAAUCUUUAGAACCGUUAUGAACAGAAACAGCACUUGAACUCAGUUUAAGGAAUUGUGAGCAUUUGGUCUUUUAAAGGAGAGAGGCCAUCAACAAUCUGGCUUGGCAUGUUUUAUAAUAUGCAUAAAAUCCUUCCACCCUAAGGUUAGAAUUAUGAAAUGGAAUGUGCGGUCCAGCCCCAAGUCUGCAGUGGGAAGCACACACAUGUAUGCGUGCUGCAAUUAAUAUGAAUUCGUAUAUUAUAUGUAACAGUUUUCUACUAGGGGGGUGGGGGGGCUGCUUUGUGAAACUCGUGGAAUUAUUUUAUGCAUAACAUGCAGUGCAUCAUAUUGCAGCUUAUUACGGGACUUCUCCCUUGAACAUCUGGACCGAGCGUAACAAUCACUGGAUUUUCUGCUCUGUAGAAAUUAAUGCACUUCAUCUAUACAUUUUUUGUAUGAUACACAUCAUGGCAAAAUUCGCAAAUUGCUGAAUGUUACAAUAUGGCACGCGCACCUACCUGUAGACCCAAUAACACUGGAUAUUAGUCUUUGUUUUGUUUUUUGAUAAAUGUAUCUCUUAGUUAAUGGUUGGUCGCUGCUCAUAGUGUUGUGUUUACCGAAUUCCUUUGGCGAAUGCACUGGCAAGGUCUUGCAUUUCCUUGUUUAUGGACUAAACAUUUCACACAGAAACAGUGUUAAUCCCCGGAAUUCUCGUCUUUCGUUCUCGGUUUUGAAGAGAACAGUUUACACGGUCGAUCACAGCCAAAAUGGUAACGCACAAGACUGUGGACGGACGUAGGAAAUCGUGGCCAUAUCAAUAUUUAAAAUGGACAGUAAGCAAAAUGAGAGCAAAUUACUGUAGCUCGCUUUUUGCUCCAAACGGCUGUUAUUUGUGCUUUGGAACGACCCCCCGGAUCACAAAUAAAAAGUUGGAGCGAAUUGUUGGUCUUAGUAAGCAAUUUGAGUUGAAGUGACACUCGCUUAUCACUGUAAAUCGCAUAUGGGACCGAAGUUCGAUCCUCACGCUUUAACUUUUGUAGUGGAACCUUCACAGUUGAUGUUGCCAACUAAUUGUUUUGUCUGCCUAAAAUAUUUGUGAACUUUAAGUGACCGUAUCUCAGAAUAUUUGUACACUUUCUUCUCGUUACACUCGUCCUCGCCUGAUCCCAUUGUGAUAUUGCCAUUUGUCAUAAUUUAAAGUUCUCGUUGAACCUUUCUCAAUUCACAAUUUUGGCCGACUGAUGGAUGGUUAGAUUGGAAUUUGUUCUUGUGACCGACUUGACGACGGACAACCGUUUUUCACUGUUAAUGAACAAAUUAUGCCUAAUUGUCUUUAAGGAGCUUCUUUAGCAAUGGCAACGUCGCAAGUAAUUUGAUCAUUUUUAAUUGCGACUCAUGCGCAACUGAAACAUCUAACCAAUUUUGAGAUAUUGGCUGGUUGUCUUAAAUUAAUACAACUGCUGAAAAGAAUUUCUGCUGAGGUGGCUAUGCUCUUUUUUUAUAUGAAAAGAGAAGUCUAGUCCUUUCCAAGAUGUUGACGUCUUGCAUGAUGUGAUGUUAUCAUUUUCCUGAAUUUACAUGAAUGGAAAAACACGCAACACAUUUGUGUAGAGACGAACAUCGCAGGGAAAUAAACUGGUAGUCUAGCCUACACAUUCCACGUUAUUAAUUGCGUCCCUCCGCAUCCAUGAUGUCCUGCCAUUCUACAUUAGGUUACUUCACUUCAGGGGUAACUGCAACUAACAUUCAACUGUCCACUCUAAAUUUCAGAGUUUAACGCAUCAUAAACUGAUGGUAUUCAUAAAAUGUAUAUGGGAGAAAAAUACGUGGGCGAAUUCGAAAACGAAAUUAAUAUAUUCCAUUAAGCAAUGGAGAUGUUAGCCAAUUGAAUGUAACACAAGCAUGGUUUUUGGAAAUAAGCCAAUACAUUUAAUUGUAUAUAAGAAAUAUUUUCAGAUUGUGUAAAUUAUUGCCUAUACACAGUACGUUUUCAACAUAUUUUGUGGAAAAUCGAUAUCGAGAUGGUUUACAUGCUAUAAUUUUUGGUUUUGUGACUCAAAAAUAAAGAUCUUAAAAUUUA